CUGGGAAAUUAUAUUGGUAGGUACAAUAUAGGACGCUAUGUGAUACCUACUGGUUUAUUUAUUUUCAAUUUUAUGAAUUUUCCGUACGUUCUGAUCGGUCAGUCGAUUUCACUUAAUUAUUUACGAUGAACCUUGAUUGUUAAAAGUACAAGUUGUUGAUCUUAAAGUUUUUUUACAUUUAACGAUUUCUAGUGAAUUUACGAUUACUUAUUGAUAAUUUUAAUUUUUACAGAUUUUACCAUAAUUAUUAAGAAUUAAAAAUCUUAUCCCAAGAUAGGUUAACCAACUCUGAUUUUGUCAUUUGUUCAUGUAAAUUGUUUCAUGUGGACUAAAAAUUGAAUUUAGACCAAGGAACCUAACCAUCAUGUCUUCUGACACUGAAAAUCAUGAUCAUAAUACUGGUACUGAAGAUAAGAUUUAUGAUGAUUUAGAGAAACUUAUCGACUCUGUGGAUGCCGAAGAAAGAGAAUUAAAGAAAAGAAUGGAAAAAAAAAAUUUAAAUGGAGUAGAAAAAGAAGCAAAUGGUUGUUUAGCUGCUUCAAAAAACGAAGAGUUUGAACAUAAAAGUACUAUAAAUGAGUUAGAAGAUGAGUCAAUAAAAAUAAAAACCGAGAAUGCUGAUAAAAAAAGUGAAGAAGACAAUAGUCACUAUGAUUUUAAAGACAGUCAAAAUAAUUCUGAAGAUGGCAAAGAAGAACUGGAAUUAUCUGAAAUGAUUGUCUGUGACGAAGUGGCUGGAGAUAGUGAUGAAGAUGAUAAUAAAAUAGUAGAUGCAACAGUAGAAAAUGAUAAAGAUAAGUAUGAAAGAGAAAGCAAAAAAAUAAAAAAAGAAUCAAAAGAAAAAGAAAGCAUAAAGAAAAAAUAUGAUAAAAAAUCAGAUUCUAAGUCAAAAGAUUAUUCAAGAAAAGAAGAUUCAAAAAGAAGUGACAAAAAACGUUCACGUACACCUAGCAAAGAUAGAUCAAGCAAGGAUAGUUCAUUGAAAAAAAGAACAAAAAUAAUUGAUAAAGAAAAAGAAUCCAAAAAACUGAGAGAGUUGGAUAAGUUUUGGCAAACUGUACGUGAUGAUCCAUCUGAUUUUAUAGGUUGGACAUACUUACUGCAGUAUGUUGAUGGCGCGAAAAAUAUUGAUGCUGCACGUGAAGCUUAUGAUGCGUUUUUAGAUUUAUAUCCAUAUUGUUACGGUUAUUGGAGGAAAUAUGCAGAUUAUGAAAGAAAAAAUGGUACUAAAGAAAACUGUGAAAAAGUAUUUGAUCGUGGCUUAAAAGCAAUUCCAUUAAGUGUUGAUUUAUGGAUUCAUUAUAUGGGAUAUAUGAAAUCUGCUUAUCCAGAUGAUGAAGAAUUGAUAAGAGAACAAUUUGAAAGAGCAGUAGAUGCUUGUGGAAUUGAGUUUAGGUCGGAUCGUUUAUGGGAUCAUUACAUCAAGUUUGAAUUAGAAUGCAAACAAUAUUCAAGAGUUACAGAUAUUUAUGAACGUUUAAUUGCUACUCCAACUCAUGGAUAUUUAAAUAAUUUUGAAUGUUUUAAAGACUAUAUUAAAAAGUACCCUAAAAAUAAAAUUUUGGAGACUGUUAAAUUUUUGGAACUAAGAAAAGAAGUAUUAGCUGAAAUCAAGGAAACUGAAGCAAAAAAAAAUCAAGGUAGAAAAAUUGAUUCUGGUUCAGAUUCUGAUGAUAUGGCAGAUCCUAUGGAACAACGCACCAAAGAAGAAAACUUGAUGAAAGAAAAAAUGAUUGCUUCACGUUUGUUAAUACAUAAGACUACAGCAGAAAUGGUAGCAUUAAGAUUACCCUAUGAAGAAAUGAUUAAACGACCAUAUUUUCACGUAAAACCUUUAGAAAGAUCUCAGAUUAGAAAUUGGAAAGAAUAUUUGGAAUUUGAAAUUGGUCAAGGAGUUUAUAAGCGUAUUGUGGUGCUUUUUGAAAGAUGUUUAAUAGCUUGUGCUCUUUAUGAAGAAUUUUGGACUAAAUACAUAAGUUAUUUGGAAAGUCUUGAAUCUGAUGACCAGGAGAUUAAAGAUCGUAUAGAAGAUAUUUACAUUAGGGCAUGCACUGUGCAUCAUAAGAAUAAACCUGGUAUUAACUUAACAUGGGCUCUUCAUUUAGAAAAUAAUGGACAAUAUGACAAAGCCGCUCAAAUUCUGGAUAUGUUAGACAGUGUGGCACCACACAAAAAGUUAAUAAUCCAAAGAAGAAUAAAUUUAGAACGGAGAAGAAAUUGUUAUGACAGAGUAUGUGAAUUGUACGAACAUUACAUUAGUACUGCAAAUUCAUCAUUGACUUCUAUCCUCUUAACAGUCAAAUAUGCUCGGUUUGUUUGGAAAAUACUAAACAACUCCGAUAAAGCUUCUGAAAUUUUGUGGGUUGAAGUUGAAAAAAUUAAUAAUGUUCAAAAAAGCAGUCGCUUACUGUUACAAUUAAUGGAAAUCAAAAUGAGUGACAAUCCUAUGAAUAUUUUAGCUGUUGUCAAAUUGAUUGAUAAUAUUUUAAAUAUGAAAUCUAUUGAUAUUGAACAACAAGUUAUUUUUUCUCAACGUAAAGUUGAAUAUUUAGAAGAAUUUGGCAAGGAUAUUCGUAUGAUAAAUAAGGCUAUAGCUGAGUCAAAGAAGUAUAUGAAAAUGUACAAUGAUCGCGAAAAAAUACUUGAAGGUACAGAUACAACAUGCAGUGGAAAAACAUAAUUUGUGUGAUUUUAUCCUCCAUUACAUUUUGAUAACUGUUUCAAAUGAUUAAUAUUACAUUUUAAGAUCUUUGUAAAUAAUUUUUAAAUAAUACUUCAAUAAUUUUAUGAUGUU